UUUGAUAUAUUGUUUCUUACCGUUUUUAUAUUUAAAAAAUAUUCACAAACUAUUUUUAACCCCAUUGGACUGGAGAAUGGCGCCGCGAAUGGAUAAAAUUCGCGAGAUUGCUGAAAAGCUAUUCACGCCCUCGGAAAUAAGUCGUUUCAAUGCCUUUCGAAUUGAGUUCUCUAAGAAAUACUUAUCCCCGAGUGCGUAUAGCCUAAAAUGGGAAUUUAAGCGUCCCACAUGGUCAGUGAAGCUGCCCAAGUGGGCCCAAUUGCGUUACUUUACAUCGGAGCAUUCUAGCGAGGAGUGCUGUCAUGAGCAGCCGCCGUGUGAUUACGAUUGGGACUUGUACCAUCCGCGGGGUCCGCCAUAUGAGCCGCGCGACACUCACUAUUGGUAUCCGGAUCCGGAGUAUAUCAGGAAAAUCGAGAACCGAGUCUGUUAUCCCGUAGGUACUGAGUGGAAGAGACGCCCAGAUCCGAAGGCUAAGCUACCGCCGCCCAUGAAUCGGACAUUCCGUUCCAAGUUCAUCAACUUUGGACCUGCACAUCCGGCGGCCCAUGGCGUGCUCCGCAUGAUCCUGGAGCUGGACAAUGAAACGGUGUUGUCCGCUGACCCACACAUUGGCUUGCUGCACCGUGGCACAGAGAAGCUGAUCGAGCACAAGACCUACACACAGGCCUUGCCCUAUUUCGCUCGCCUCGACUAUGUGUCCUGCAUGGCCUGCGAGCAGGCGUAUUCCCUGGCCGUGGAGAAGCUGCUGAACAUUGAGGUCCCGCCCAGGGCCAAGUAUAUACGCACGAUGUGCGCUGAGCUGAUGCGUCUCACCAAUCACACCAUGGCCGUGGCCUCAUCUGUGCUGGAUUGCGGCGCCAUCACGCCCCUCUUCUGGCUCUUCGAGGAACGCGAGAAGCUCUACGAGUUCUCGGAGCGUCUGUCGGGUGCUCGUCUGCAUGCGGCGUAUAUUCGACCCGGUGGCGUGGCCAUGGAUAUGCCCAUUGGGUUCAGCCAGGAUCUGUAUCACUUUCUCGAAAGCUUCACCCAUCGUCUCGAUGAGGUGGAGGAUGUUGUCACCGAUAAUCGCAUUUGGCGCAUGCGUAACAUUGGCAUCGGACGCAUCUCAGCGCACGACGCACUGAACUAUGGCUGCACGGGACCCGUGCUGCGUGCCACAGGCGUCAAGUGGGAUCUACGCAAGCAGCAGCCCUACGAUGCCUAUGCCGCAAUGAAGUUCGAUGUGCCCAUCGGGUCGCAGGGCGACUGCUACGAUCGCUACCUCGUGCGCAUGCGUGAGAUGCGCGAGUCGUGCAGCAUCAUAAUACAGUGCCUGGAGCAGAUGCCGCCGGGCAACAUUAAGGUUGAUGAUCGCAAGGUGGCGCCACCCCAGCGCCGAAAGAUGAAGACGGGCAUGGAGGAUCUGAUACAUCAUUUCAAGUUCUUUUCGCAGGGCUACAACGUUCCGCCCGGAGCAACGUACACGGCCAUUGAGUCGCCCAAGGGCGAGUUUGGCGUCUAUCUCGUCUCCGACGGCAGCUCUCGGCCCUAUCGCUGCAAGAUUCGCGCCGCGUCCUAUACGCAUCUGGCGCUGCUCAGCAAACUAUCGCCAUCGUAUCUGUUGGCCGAUAUUGUGGCCAUCAUUGGCUCACUGGACAUUGUCUUUGGUGAGAUCGAUCGUUAAAUGUGCUUUGCUGUUCGAUAAAGCGUAAAAU